CAAUGCAGCUUUUAAGCUUUGACUUUUGAGACGAAAAUAGGAAAAUUUAGAAAAUGGGAAGUUUACGGCGGAAAAUGUUAUUAUUACAAGUAUUUUGUUAAUGAGCGCUGACCGUAAAUUGUGACAAUAAUUUAUAAUCAUUUUAAAUACUAACUGUAAUGUUUUUAAUGGAAGCAAUGGAAGAAUUAAUUCCAUUAUAUUUAUGUUUUUUGCGAAAGAUAUUUUAAAUUAAAUUUAGUGAAAACUGGAAGUAGAAUGGCUGAAAUAAUCAAGAUGUUUUAAAUAAUAACAAUAUGGCAAGGGAUGGAGACGUCCCAACAAUCUUUAAUCCGAAAAGAGUACGAGCACCAUCCGUUAUAAUUACAAGCGAAGAAGUUGAGACUGAUCGAAGCAUUGAUGUAGAACGUGAGCGUCCAAAUGGGCCACCGACACCGUUGAGUCCUCGAGCACCCCUUACGCCCCAGACCUCUGUAUCAUCCGCACCUCCUCUUACCACCCAGCCCUCUUUACAGCAAACUUUUAGUGAGUCGGCUGCAAGCAGUCAGGAUGAAGAAAGGCAGCUCAGGGAUAAGACUUGUCCACGCUGCUGUUCAAAGAUCGCUAAAAAGAUCUACUAUGGAGUUUGUGUUACGCUUACAUUGGUUGCUUCAUGGGUAACAGUGACCCAUUGUAUAAAAUACUUAUACUUACAAGACUACUCCCCUAUACAUAGUGCCGACUUUUCUAUGUUCAAUAAUUACACAUCAAGAUUUCGCACACAUCAUUUAUACAAUGCACCAUUCUUCACAGCAUGGUUCUGUACCAACUGGCUUAUAUUAUUCUAUCCGAUAUAUCUGAUUGUGGUACUCAUACACAAUAAGUGUAAAUCAGCUAAUGCCAUUGCAUGCGAUGCAUUCAAUGACUUCAAAGAAAAGGGCUUCACUUUUGCCCGUUUCCUCAGUCGCUGUGGACUGUUCUGCCUGCUGUGGGUGGUGACCAUCUACAUGUACACAUAUUCUCUGAAGAUAUUACUCUCAACUGAUGUUGUGGCUCUGUUCGCGACCAAUGUGUCCUGUAUCUACCUGCUCUCUUGGGUUAUAUUGCAUGAGCAAUUUGUGGGUGUCAGGAUCGUGGCGGCGAUCCUCUGCGACACGGGCAUCGCGCUGCUCGCGUACAUGGACGGCAUCACGGGCAACUCGACGCUCGGCGGGGUCGUGCUCGCCGCGUGCGCAGCCGCCGGCUUCGCUAUAUUCAAGGUGCUAUUCAGAAAAGUGAUGGGCGAAGUGAACACGGGCCAGCGCGCGUUGUUCUUCUCCAUAUUGGGCGUGGUGAACGCGACCCUGCUGUGGCCAGUCUGCCUCGCGCUCUACCUCACCGGCACCGAGCUGCUGCCCGCGCACAGGAUGCCGUGGAUGCACCUGCUCAUCGCCAGUGUUGCUAUGCUAGUGUUCCACAUGGGUUUUCAAUUCGGCAAUUUGGUGACGUACAAUAUAUUCGUCUCGCUCGCACUCAUCACAGCUGUACCCGUUUCCGCUGCAUUGGACGUCGCGUUCUACGGCGUGUGCUUCGAGGGUAUGAAGCUCUCCGGGAUCAUUCUGAUAGCGGUGGGCUUCUUCCUCGUCAUGUUCCCGGACAACUGGCCCGAUUACAUCAUGAGGUUGCUCAGGGAACACUACGUAUUGAGAAAGGACAGACUCCACCCACAACACAAUACGGACUGCAUCGCCGAUUUAGUAUACGUGUCGACAGAUGGAGCCGUCGUCGUCAACGCGGGCAUGACGGCUCAGGUAGAAAUCGAGACACCGUGGACUACCGAACCGGAUACAUUCGAUCUCACCUGAGGUCGCCCUCGGGCCGCGUGCGGUGACCGCCUCGCCCGCGGUCCGUGCUCUAUGUCGCGACUCUACACUCUGUGCUCUACGUCGCCGCGCCUCUACACUCUGUGCUCUAUGUCGCGACUCUACCCUCAGUGGGAAGUGUCGCCACACCUCAACACUCGGUGGCGAGUGGGCCGCAACUCUAUAGAGAAUCGAUGGCUAGUGGAAAGGUGCCGCGACUCUAUGGAGAGUCUGUUGUUAGUGGAAAGGUGCUGCUACUGUAUAGUGAGUCUAUGUCGGUGUCGUUCGAUGGAAAAGAGCCGCAGCGAUGUGGAGAAUCUUUAGACAGUGUGAAGAGUGCCGCGACAAUAUGGGGAGUCAAUAGUCUGUGCAUAGAGUGCCGCAACGAUGUGAGGAUCCUAUGGUCUGUGCAAAGAGUGCUGUCGUGGCGAUAUGGAGAAAUAGCGUCGGAUAAAAGUUGUAAUGAUAGUGCUGUGUUUUUAACUCUACCAAUACAGUAAAUAGCACGCGGGCUCUCUAUUCUACCUAUUCUACGACGUAUCCUUUUGCAGACUGUAUGAUCUGUGUACGUCAGUUCGCCUCUAUAUAAUCUGUGCUCUAUAUUAUUUCAACCGGCUUUACCUUACUCAACAUCUACUAGAUCAGUACUCUGUGUUACUACUUCCGCUGAUUGUACUUGUUGCGUACACGCUAUAAUUGCUUUAGUACACUUUACCUAGAGUAUUGAAGCCUGUAAUUGUAAAGGUUUUAAUAUUCUGUACAAGUGUCAUAACUGACUCUACAUUUGUUCAGUCAGCUCUACAUAGAGUACUGAUUUCGUUUAAUUAUCAGUAUUUGAACAAGUCCAGAUAUCUACAAUUUUCACUUAUAUAUUAGUUACGUAUGCCGGUUUUACAUGCUUGUACUUUAUAUUUCAACAAAUAACUUGAACAUUUGAGUGCUUAGAAUUCAUUUAGUUUCAAAAUAAUUUCGAUUUGAUGGUUUAAUAUAUGUAUGUCGAGAAUAUGCGGAAAAAAUGUUCCAAUUAUUUGUUCGAAGUGAGAAUUAUGUGAUAUUCUUAAGGCCGGCUCUACACUCUCGUCGGAAUAAGUGCUUGUGGUGGUUCUGUACAUAGAGUACAUAAACUUGUACUCUGUGCUAAAAUUGUAUGAGUUUACGAGGUUGAACAUAGUUCUUACUAGUUUCGGUUUAAAUGUUCAUAGGUAUGUUUUUUUGCUUUUCCUUUUGGGUUAUCUGUUAUCUCUGGAUACACGGCUCUUAUAUCUAUAUCUAUAUUCUCAAUAAAUGUAUUUAGGUUUUUUUUUAAGAGUGGUAUCAUAAUAUACUGCAAGUGAUCUGUGAAUGUGACCUCUUAAUGGAAUAGUUAUGUAAAUUACUAUAUAAUAGAAUCAAUACUUUAAUUUUUCACCCAGACACAAAUAAUAGGAAUAAUAUCACAUACUGUAUGCUUGAGCUAUUUAUUCACAUUAAAAAAUAUUUACUG